AUGUCAAGGCCUGUUGAGAGAAUAGCAGAGAUCAAUGAUGGAAAAGAGCUUUGGAAGAUUGUUGUUAGGAUUCACCACAGAUGGAAAGUUGUCUCCAACAAUAAGGAACAUUUUGAAAUGAUCUUUGUUGACAAAUUGGGAGAUGAUAUUCAUGCUGUUGUUCCAGCACCUCAUGUGUCGGUGUUCACCGAAAAAUGCUUAUUAGGGCAUACUUAUACUGGAGAUGUCGUUGGAAUGGUGGAUAGUAUUGGUUAUGCACAGACUGAGUCAGGUGCAAAGAAGCAGCAAAUUAGCAUGAUGUUGCGUGAUCACAGCAACAACAUGUUGAACUGUACUCUGUGGGAAUCAUACGCGGAUCAGUUCAUCAGGUUUAACAAAGUUAGGGUUGCUGCAUCACUCCCUACAGUUGUGUUGCUUCAGUAUGCCAAAGUGAAGGAAGAAGGAAAGUAUCCUCUGUCUGUGACAAACACCUACAAUGUGACCCUUUUAUGUGUUGAUGCUGAUUUUCCGGUCAUGAAAGACUUUAUUGAUAGAAUGCCUGAGGAGAGCAAGGUAACCCUGUCUGAACAACUUGGAGGGAAUUCCCAAUAUUCCUCCCAAAGUUCUGAAAAUCAACAGCUCACUCCUGUGCAAAAAUUGUUCUCAAAGGCUGUUGUUUUGCCUAUUGCUGAGAUUAUUCAACUUACGGAUGUUACAUUUUGUGCUGCUGUCGCUACAACAAAAUUAUUAGUAGCAUCUCCGUUUGGAUGGUUCUAUCGUGCCUGUCAUAUAUGUUGUUUCUGUCAUGUUUUUGAUGUUUCUAUGUUGUCGGCUUUUUUAACGGAACUAUUUCUUAUGAUGUUCAGGUAUAAGAUUGAAAUUGAGGUUACUCACGGGGGCCAAAGCUGCAAUUUUGUCUUCUGGAACAGAGAAUGUGAAAUGCUGUUGGGUUUAUCUGCAUCGCAACUUCGUAACACUAUGAUUCAGGCUGGAAUUACUGAUCCAUUGGACUUUCCGUUAGCACUUGAUCAGUUGUUGAAGUUGGAAAUGGCUAUGAAGGUUAAGUGGCAUCCACGCUGGAAGAACUGUUCCGUCGUUAUGAUUAUAAAAAAUGAUCCUAUUAUCCAGCAACUUAAGGAAAAAUGGGGAACAGAUGAGGAACCUAUUCCAAUCCAAACUGUCGUACCUGAGACUCUGGAGAUUAAAGAGAGUGUUGAUGAGGCUAAAACAGAUGCCAAUGAAGACUGUGAAUUGGUUACAGACCUGGAAAUUACAUCUGAGCACAAGCCUGAUGUUGUCACACCUAGUGGUAAGAGGCAUCUUCCUGCUGCAUCAAGUGAAUCCAUUGAUUUGGACGGAUUACAUGAUGGGGAACUGUCAUCAAACAAGCUGAAGAAGAUAAUUAAAAUGGAGAAGAUUGAUUAG